UUAUGGAGAGGCACAUCGAGAUUUUCCUGAAGAGGCUCUCCUACGUCUCCAUACUCAUCGGCACCGUCGCCUUCGUCUUCCUCCUCCUCAAAACCCCCGACACCUGCGUCGCGCCGGACUCUCCGCCGAAGCCCCACCUCCGCUUCCCCAAAUCCUCCUGCGACGCCUCGCCGCGCGUGGUCCUCACUCUCCACAAGAAGAACAAGCGCCUCUGGUCCACCAAGACGUGGCAGAACAAGGUCCACUCCUUCUCCAACUUCUUUCGCGCAUUUUAUCAAAUGGGUCUCCUGCACAACGAGUCCAAGGUCCUCUGCGUCUCCGCUGGCGCCGGCCACGAGGUCAUGGCGCUGACCCAGUUGGGCGUCGCCGACGUCACCGGAAUUGAGCUCCUCGAGUCGCCUCCGCUGGUGAGCCGGGCGGAUCCCCAUAACUUGCCUUACUUCGAUAAUGUGUUUAAUUUGGGAUUCAGUGCGCAUUUCGCGGAGGCGUUGUUUCCGAACCGGUUCGCAGCGGAGAUGGAGAGGACGGUGAAGGCCGGCGGGGUGUGUGUGGUGGUUGUGGACGAAUGUGGGAUGAGGAUGUUAGGGAGAUUGUGGAUUUGUUCACGAAUUCAAGGUUUGUUGGUGCUCGUAAUGUUACAUUGACUGGAUUGAGAAUGACAAGGAUUAUUAUGAAAGUUAAGCAUUCGCCUUAAUUUCCUUUUGGAUCUGGGGUUAGUGAGCUACUUAUACUGUGAAUUUGUGAUUUGAAAGCGGAUUAAGCAACCGCGUAUGAACUCGAACGGAUCUAGGUGAAGUUUAUAACCCUUGUGGAGAAGCAUGGCUUUGAGAGCGAAUGGUUUCGCUGCGAUGUACGCUUUGCUUUCCUCUCAAGUCUCGUCAUUUCGGGCAAGUUUCUCUGUUUUAGUUGUGUUCGUUUGAUCUCUUUCUUUGUCUGCUUGAGAUCACAAAUGCUAGGCACUCUUCGAUUGUAAGGAUCUUAAUGAUAUAUGCAAUUUAGGAUGUUCUUCUUGUUGGAAA